AUUAAUUAGAAACUUAGCAUUGGGAGUAAAAUUAGCGAGCAGAGUAACAACAAAUGAUUUGGAGCUUUUGACAACUAUAUAAAAAUUCAUUACGAUAACAAAACAUAAUAUAGAAAACCAUAGAAAGAAAAGUAUCAUACAAUCAUCAUGGGGAAGAAAAAGAUGGACCUAACUUACAUUACCGAUGGCAGGGCAAGGGAAGCAACUUUCAACUUAAGGAAGGAAGAAUUGAAGCAGAAACUCUAUGAGCUCCAUGUUCUUUGCGACGUUGAUACAUGUGCGGUCAUCUACAAUCAAUACGACCCUAAUCCAGAGGUAUGGCAAUCGACCUCAGAGGUUAAAAGUGUAUUUGAGAAGUUUGAGAUGUUGUCAGAGAAAGAGAAGACAUGUAGAUCGGUGAACCAUGAAGAAUUUCUCCAUCAGAUGAUCGAAAAAGCCAGGAGGAAAAGACAGAAACUGAAUGACCAAAACAAGGAGAAAUACAUGAGGGAACUCAUGUUCGCGUUUCUCAGUGGGAACAUGGAAGAUUUGAGUUUAAACAAUGAUGAUCAUUCUGAGUUGUGUAGUUUCAUUGAUCAAUAUCUCAAGCAGCUUGUUCAUCAUAAGAACCAAACCUUAAACAAUCCAAACUUUGAAAUCGGCCAGUCUUCCUCAAUGGCUCUGGACAUGAACAUAGCACAAACCUCUAUUGCUGAAGCAGGUUCCUCUUCCUUUCUGGUCUCUAAACCCCCUAGGUCUUCUGAACUAACCAAAAUGUGGAAGUCCGUAAUCUUUUCAUACCGUAGUGAUUUACCGCAUAACAAUUUUGUUACAAGUAUUCCCUCAACAAGUAGCAACGAAGAAGUAUAUAUUCCGGUUAUGAAUCAGGAUGAAUCUUACCAUCAGAAUCAAAAUCAAAAUCUGGAACAGGGAUUCGUUGAAGAAAUGAUGAAAAUUGGUGAGCAAACAGGUUUUCCUUGGAUGGAAGACAACAACCGAUUUUAAAGCAUAUUCAUCGAGGCAGAUGCCAAUACCAGUCAUCUUAUGUUUACUUUGUCUUAAAUGAUUUUUAGUGACAAAUUUUUGGUUUGCCAUCUCUUGUCUUUUUUCUUGCAUCAAGUUUGAGUCUUCAAAUUAAUGUCUUCUCUAAUAUGUGAAGAAAACCAAAUGGUAAAUUAUUAGUUUCAAUUCAGAUUCUAAAAUCCUUUGGUAUUGUUUGUCUUCUAUAUAGGAUCUUUUUGAUUCAA